AUGAUAAAGGAAAGGAGCCAACAGAUCCGAAGGAAAAGAGGAGAACCUCCUUUCCAGAUCCCAGGCAGCUAUUCUCAGAUGAAGAAGAAGCUCACUCCAAAGGGCAUUAUGCUGUUAGCAGCAGUUCUUCUGGACACAAUCAUGAAGAGUCCGCUCCACGAAGAAACAGAUCCCCAACACCUAGGGUUACCAGGACACCGUCUUCCGGUAGCUGGCAGGAAGGGCGAUGUCAUCCGUCUCGAGGAGGCCUUUCGCUUGUACUUCUUACUGCAGAAGAAGUUUCGAAAAGCCAGAGAAGAGUUAUUUACUAUUAAGCAAAAGGAUCAAGAGACGCUACGCGCCUAUGUAGAGCACUUUGCGGAGGACAGUGCACAAAUAGGGUCCCGAUCUGACGAAAUCCUGAUUGUAGCCUUCAUAAAUGGGUUGCGUCAUGGAAGAUUCUACACAGAGUUCAUGGAGGACCCUCCGGAUACUUUCAAAGAAGUCCUGAAAAGGGCGAACAAGUACGCCAGAGGGGAAGAAGCCAACCGGAAGUGUAGAGACGAGUCUCAGAGUGCCUGCCGACCAAAAGUCAAGAGCCGUGGUCUGUCGCCAUCUAUCAGACGGUCACUCCGAGAACGUCUAGGAGGCAUCAAGAGCUUCCGUAACCUCACCCCUCUAAACAAGACACCUAAAGAGAUCCUAUAG